UUCAGAGAGAGGAGAGAGAGAGAGAGAGAGAAAAGCGGGCAAUGCUGCGAGCAAUAAGCCGUAGCGUAUCGAUCGGGAGCUGCAUAUGGGGGGAGGAGCUGUAGCGGAUGGCGUUCGUCGUUGGUUCCAGCGUCACUUUUCCGUUUCUACUACUAAUAAUAACAGUAAUGACAACAAUAAACUUCAGAACCACACCAGCAGCAAGCUCAACGACAACGGCCAUCGUGUCGUCUUAGCCGAAAACCACGCUCAACCUGAAUCAACAUCGCCCAUAACAGCAAAAACAUCAUCCGAUCAUCAUCAUCAACAAAGACAAGGAAAACAACAACAACAGUCGCAGGAAGAGGAGGACGACCCUGGGGAGCUUAAGAUCGUCGAAGACUACGAUUUCUCUGGGUUGAAGUUCAUCAAAGUCCCCAAGCGAACUACCAGAUUUCCAAACAUGGAUGCUCAUAAGAAGAGCAUGCUUGACACUGAAUUCUUCACAGAAUAUGGUGAGGCCAGUCAAUAUCAAAUACAAGAGGUCAUUGGGAAAGGUAGUUAUGGCGUUGUUGGGGCUGCAGUUGAUGCUCACACGGGAGAGAGGGUCGCAAUUAAGAAGAUCAAUGAUGUUUUUGAGCAUGUUUCCGAUGCUACACGUAUUCUGAGAGAAAUCAAGCUUCUUCGGUUGCUUCGACAUCCAGAUGUUGUAGAAAUAAAGCAUAUAAUGCUUCCUCCAUCUCGAAGAGAAUUUAAAGAUAUAUAUGUUGUUUUUGAGUUGAUGGAAUCUGAUCUUCACCAAGUAAUUAAGGCUAAUGAUGAUCUUACACCCGAACAUUAUCAGUUUUUCUUAUACCAACUUCUUCGAGCUCUAAAAUAUAUCCAUACAGCAAACGUGUUUCAUCGAGAUUUAAAGCCGAAAAACAUCCUUGCUAAUGCGGACUGCAAAUUGAAGAUCUGUGAUUUUGGGCUUGCUCGUGUUUCAUUCAAUGAUGCCCCAUCAGCUAUAUUCUGGACUGAUUAUGUGGCAACCCGAUGGUAUCGUGCUCCUGAACUCUGUGGCUCUUUUUUCUCUAAAUACACUCCUGCAAUUGAUAUUUGGAGCAUAGGAUGCAUAUUUGCAGAAAUGCUUACGGGAAAACCACUGUUUCCUGGGAAGAAUGUGGUGCAUCAAUUGGAUCUCAUGACUGAUUUACUUGGAACGCCUCCUCCUGAAUCCAUUGCAAGGAUUCGGAAUGAAAAGGCUAGAAGAUAUUUAAGUAGCAUGCGGAAAAAACCCCAAGUUCCUUUGACACAAAAGUUCCCUGGUGUAGAUCCAUUGGCUCUUCGUUUACUUGAGCGUUUGCUUGCAUUUGAUCCUAAAGAUCGCCCCACUGCCGAAGAGGCUUUAGCAGAUCCAUAUUUUCAUGGUUUAGCAAAUGUGGAUCGUGAACCAUCAACACAACCCAUUUCGAAACUGGAGUUUGAGUUUGAAAGAAGGAAGUUGACAAAGGACGAUGUAAGGGAGUUGAUCUACCGAGAGAUUUUAGAGUAUCAUCCCCAGAUGCUUCAGGAAUACCUUCGAGGUGCAGACCAAACUAGCUUCAUGUACCCAAGUGGAGUUGAUCGAUUUAAGCGACAAUUUGCCCAUCUUGAAGAGCAUUAUAGUAAAGGGGAGAGAAGCACUCCACUUCAGAGGCAGCAUGCAUCCUUGCCUAGAGAGCGGGUUUGCGCACCCAAGAAUGAGGCUACUGACCAAAGUAACAAUUUUGAAACGCGAACUGCUGCUUCUGUUGCUCGUACACAAAGCCCUCCGCAUCAAUCUGAGGAAUCAGAAAAUGCAAAUGGGGAUGCAUCUGCUGCACAGAAUGGCCCAAGCAAACCAAACUAUAGUGCUCGUAGCCUGUUGAAGAGUGCUAGCAUCAGUGGCUCCAAGUGUGUGGUUGUAAAAAGCAGAAGAGAUACCGAGGAAGAAGCAAUUGCCGAGAAUGAUGAAGCAGUUGAUGGAUUAUCACAAAAGUUAGAAGUGCUCUAUGCCUGACUCAGUACCUUUGGUUGGAUUAACAUUGAAUAGAAUGGCUUGGAUUUUUAUGGGCCUACAUCUUCUUGCAGUUCUGUGGACUGAUGGCUGCUUCACCCUCAGUCUCAAUUCAAGAUGCUAACUGUUUUUUGGGUAGAAGCAAGCUUUUUGGUGUCGCUAGAGUUUGUAUCAUCAUUGUUGUUAUUUAUUGUCCUAUCUCACAGAAUUUCAAGAUAUAGAACUGUUGCCCUUAUUGCA